AUGUCGCCCGUGGUGAAGCGCGGCCGCAAGGCUGAUGAGGUAAAUGACCCGUCGGAAGGAACGACGCAGCCCAGGGGCAAGACUCGAGUGAUGUCUUUGACAGACGCAGACGUGGCGUCGGGGAGCAGCAGCUCCUUGGCUGUCCUCGGGAGGCCGCUUGGUCCAGAGUAUGUGCAGCGGAGACCGGGGCCCGGAGGGUCGAAGCUUUCCUAUCUCAGCAGCGCGGAUGCAAUCUCGUUGGCGAAUGACAUGUUUGGCCAUGACGGAUGGAGUUCGGAGGUCAUCGAGCAGUCUUGCGAAUCCCGCACAGAAGGCAACCCGCGAACGGGCCCCAACUUCCCACGAUGGAACCGGCUUUGGCGGGGCGACAAGCGCAACACGAGGGCGGAAGCCAUGGAAAAGGCCGUCAAGGAGGCCGAGACGGAUGCUCUCAAAAGGGCCCUCCGCAUCUUUGGCGAGGCAUUGGGAAACUGUCUCUACAGCAAGCCGUAUCUCUCCUGGAUCGAGAAGGUCCGGGCCCGAGAGGGCAAGCAGGAUGAGACGAAGCACUACACCGCGGAUAUAUUGGUCCGGAAGCCUCGGGUGGUGGUCUCCCGAGCAGUCAAUCCACUCUUUCCUUUCCACGGCAGGGCAGUCUCCCCCGUCCGGGCAGACAAUCAGACACUCGACUCCAAACACUACAACCCUGAGCAUCACCCGGAAUUCAGAGCUAUGGAAAUUACACCGAAGGGUGUGCACGGAGGCCGAAGGUCGACGUGUGAAGCCACGCUCAAGAGACUUCAACUGAGCACUGCGUUCACAAGACGGUUCAACACCACAGGAGGAGCACGCGUCACUCACCCACCGGACCCACACGCAACAGCUACACCCCGCACUCACCGUUGGGCCCGCGACUGGAAGGAGCAUGUCUGA